AUGGGCGACGCUGCUGCUGCUCCCUUCCCAUCUCCCUUCCAGACCUGGCACAAUGAUACCUACCCCAGCAUUGACCCUUCACGCCCCGAGCUUUCGCUCAAGGGGAAGACAGCAAUCGUGACUGGAGGCGCUGGUGCAGUCGGCGCCGCUACCGUCAAUGCCUUCGCCAAGGCAGGUGUCAGUCUCAUUGGCAUCGUGGGACGAACACAGAAGACCUUGGAUGCCACCAAGGCUAAAUUCGAGUCUCAGUAUCCCAAUACAAAGAUUGUCGCCGUGACAGCGGACACGGCAUCUCUCCCUAGCGUCGAAGCUGCAUUCAGAGUCAUUCAACAACAAGCCAACAAACCGAUCGACAUCUUUGUCCACAACGCCGGCCAUCUCGCCGAACCCGCGACCAUUACAUCUUCGGAUCCCAAGGAAUGGUGGACAUCUUUCGAGGUGAACAUCCUCGGGGCCUUCCACUCCGUGCGAGCUUUCAUCCCGGUUGGUUCUCCCACAGCGACCAUCAUCAACAUCUCGACGGCGGCAAUCCACGUCCCCGCAGCUAUAGUAUCCAAUUUGUCAGCGUACUCGUCCUCCAAGCUCGGCGCGCUCAAGGUCUUUGAGUUUGUCCAGAGCGAGAACCCGGACAUGCAUGUGGUUAAUGUUCAGCCGGGCGUCAUUUUGAGCGACAUCAACGUCAAGCAUGGGGCCAUGGCACCUAUGGAUACCCCGGACUUGCCAGCUUCAUUCGCAGUUUGGGCAUGCAGCCCGGAAGCCAAAUUCCUGAAGAACAAGUUCGUCUGGGCAAACUGGGACGCGGACGAAAUGAGGGCCAAAGCUGACGAAAUCGCAAAUUCGCCCGCGUUCACAAUGGGUCUGAUGGGGUGGCCCGUGCUGUCUUGAACCAAUGUAUCCGUGUAUGUAGCUAGCCAUUUAGACAGAUACCGCGCCG